AAGGGGGGUAACUCUUACUAGACACGUGAAGGUUAUAGAACGUUUAAUUAAAAUAGAACGAUGUAAACUAAUUAAGGAUGAAUGAAGAAAGUCAGCAUGUGUGCAGUGGUUCAGGCAUGCCAAGGCAAGUAAAGAGAAAGUUAGAACAGGUUGUUGAAGAAGUAACAGACGAUGGCAUGAAUGACAGGAUCUGUGACAACAACAACAACAAUAAUAAUAAUAAUAGAAAUGCUAGUUCCACCUCCAAGUGCCUUGUUAGAGAAGGCUUUUCAUGGAUGACAUGUCUUAUGUAUGGAAUUCCCUAUGAAAGUACUAAACCACAUGCAGUCAUAAAAAAAGAUGACUGAAACAUUUGUUCAAAAUUCAUCAUUAACCGUCAACAUGAUCAACUUCUCUUUUUUAUUGUAUCACAGAAUGAAUAUUUAUGAAAGCUAAAACAUGUUAUUCUGGUAGGAAUAUUACUUAAAUGUAUCAACCUGAUGACUGUGAAAUGCCCUGUUUGCUUGUUAGUGUGAACGUUUAUGAUGGCAAAAUCUACAGAUUGGCCUGAGAAGCCUGUGAAGCCCUUAGACUCGGAUUGUUGUGGUAAUGGGUGUGUGCCAUGUGUCUUUGAUAUCUAUGAUGAAGAAGUGAAGAUCUGGGAACAGGAAUGUCUUCGACUUAAGCAGAAGGACAACGAGCCUGAAAAUGUGUCUGACUCAGAAGACAGUGGCAAUGAGGAACCAGUGUUAUCAAAGGACAAAUACAGAAGAGUUAAAAUCAUAUCCGUCACCAUGGAAACCAAGGACUCAGCUAGAUACAGGAUGAGGCUGCCUAGGGGGAAGUCACUGGGUCUGAGUAUAGGUCAACACAUCAUUAUCAGGGGAUACCUAGAUUCGACACCUGUUACCCGACAGUACACACCUAUAUCCAGUGUUGAGGUCAAAGGUUAUUUUGAUCUGCUAAUAAAGAUUUAUCCCAAAGGGCAGAUGUCGCAGAUAGUUAAAAGAUGGAAGGAGGGGGAAUAUGUUGAUGUUCGGGGUCCUUUUGGUAGUUUCUCCUACAAGCUGAACCAGUGUCAGACAUUGUACCUCCUAGCAGCUGGCACCGGCAUAGCCCCCAUGUCACAGGUCAUACAGGGAAUUUUGGGAGAAGAGGACGAGGAGACCAGAGUCAGGCUGAUCUAUGCCUGCCGCACAUAUUCUGAUAUCUUGAUGAAAACUGAACUAGAUGCAUGGUCCUCAUUCUGGAACUUUUCAGUAAUAUACGCUCUCAGUCAGGAAAGCGAUGAACCUUCCAGAUGUUAUAGAUACGGAGACCAGGUGCAUGCUGGGAGAGUCUCUGACACACUACUUGACUCUGAACUAGGCAACAAGAAGGAGAAUCUUCUAGUGCUUAUCUGUGGGACUAAGACAUUUGAGGCAGAUAUGAUUGACCAUCUAAAAACUCUUGGACUCUCAGAGGACAAAUUCUUCAGAUUUUAAAAAGUUAUAAUAAUUGGCAUAAAUUGUCAUUCCAAGUAUUUAUUUUUGCAAAAUGGAAGUGAAGUAUUUUUAUAAUGAAUUCAUUGAAUAAAUAAUAAAAUACAA